AUGUCCCAGCAAGGCAGUGACCAGGGUGAGAAUGAGGAGAGCCUCAUGACACAAUUUGCAGAGGCUUGGAAAAAGAAACAUUCUAGUCAUGACUCUGGAAAAGAAAUGGAUUUUCAUGGAACAGAGGAGAGUUCUGUAGAGAGAUUGCUCUGCCUGAGGGAAGCCGGGGGACAAUCAAAAGAUUUAUGGUUCUCCCUCAGGCAGCUGUGGAAUUACAUGCAACAGUUCAGAGAUGUAUUUUUUAUUGAAGAAGCCAAGGUAGUUCAAAAGGUCAACUACACCUUGACUCUCAAGUCGGUCUUCUCUGUGGAUAAGCUACAAGAAGCCCAACUCAAAAACUACCAGCAGUUCCUGGCCUUGAUGUUUGCUGUCAUGGAGGUGAACAAGGAUCUGCUUCUCCUCCCCAAUAUCACCCUUGGAUUCAACUUGUGUGACAAUUGGAAGACGGAGAGGAAUAUUUUCAUAUGCAGCCUCUCCCUACUGUCCACAAGGGGCCGAAUGGUUCCAGGAUAUAAAUGUGACCGGCAGGACCCUCUGCUCUCCGUCAUUGGAGGUGACAACCCCAAAUCCUCCAGGCAGAUGGCCUCCAUCUUCAGCCUCUUCAAGGUCCCACAGCUCGGUGUCGGCUUUGAGUUCACUCAGGGAGACAGAAGAGUUUAUCCUUCCUUCUUCCAGAAUAAUCCCCAGGAAUCUGCUCAGUAUGAGGGUUUAGUCCAGCUGCUCCUGCAUUUCCAGUGGAACUGGGUUGGGUUGGUGGCCAACCAAGAUGAUGGUGGGGAACAUUUUGUCUCAACCCUGGUACCAAAGCUGAAGGAGAAGGAGAUCUGCCUGGUCUUCACUGAAGUAAUUAAAUUUGAAUUUUUUGAUGUUGACGAUCCAAUAUUGCCUCAUAUUUUAAACACCUUCUCUAAAGGUGAAGUGAUUAUAUUUUUUGGAGACUACAGUAGUGGUACAAAUCAAAUGUUGGUCAACUUUUGUAAUGAAACACAGAGAUAUACAUCAUUACUGAAAGUUUGGAUCUUUACAUCCUAUUGGAAACUUAAUAUGUUCAACUAUGAAUAUACGUUGCCAUUUAUAAAGCCCUAUCAUGGAGCUUUGCAUUUUAGGGACCACACCAGGGAAGUCUCAGAAUUCAGCCGUUUUCUCAUAUCUUUAGACCCUUUCAACCCACGAGGGGACACGUUUCUCCCUGACUGGUGGGAAAUGAUCUUCGGCUGCUUGAUCAGCAAACCAGGAGAGAUCCUUCAAGAGGGGCAAGAACGAUGUACUGGAGAGGAGAAUGUACAGAGUCUGCCAACUCACCUUUUUGAAAUGAGCAUGACAGGUGAAAGUUACAACAUCUACAAUGCCAUUUAUGCUGUGGCACAUGCACUCCAGGCAACUCAUGGAUCAGGAGCACGACCAGCCAUGAUGAGGCUUGGAAAGAGGAUCUUAGAUGUCCAGACAUGGCAGCUUCUUCCCUAUUUGAGGAAUGUCCAUUUCAACAACAGUGCUGGAGAUGAAAUCUACUUCAUAGAAGAUGGACUGGGAUCUGCUCGUUAUGAUCUUCUCAACUGGGUUCUCCUCCCUAAUGAAUCCUUUGUCCCUGUGAAAGUUGGAAGAAUAGAUCCUGGGGCUCCUGCAGGACGUGAUUUCACCAUUAAAUCUGAUGCAAUUGUCUGGGCAAAAAAGCAUUUCCCCUUUCUCUUUCAGAAAGUGCCCUUUGCCAGGUGUGGCAUGAAACGGUGCCAGGCAGGAGAGAGGAAAAAUGUACCAGAGGGGGAGCAGGUUUGCUGCUACCAAUGUGACCCUUGUCCAGAAGGGACCAUUUCUAAUCAGACAGAUUCUGAAAACUGUGAUCCCUGUCCAGAAGACCAAUACCCCAACAAGGAGAAGGACCACUGCAUUCCCAAGAAAAGCCACUUCCUUGCCUAUGAAGAUCCCCUGGGAUAUGCUUUAUCUUCUCUCGCUCUUUCUCUCUCAACAAUCACAUUAGGAGUGCUAGCAAUUUUCCUUAAAUGUCACGAUACACCGAUUGUCAAGGCCAACAACCGGGAUCUUACCGACAUCCUCCUGGUCUCCCUCCUGCUCUGCUUCCUCUGCUCCUUCCUCUUCAUUGGGAGACCCAGAAAACUCACUUGCCUUUUCCGACAAUCUGCCUUUGCCAUUCUCUUUUCCCUUGCAGUUUCCUCUGUCUUGGCAAAAACUGUCAUGGUGGUUCUGGCCUUCAUGGCUACCAAGCCAGGGAACCAGACAAAGAAAUUCUUAGGAAAAACACUGACCAAUUCCAUUGUUAUAGCCUGUCCCCUGGUCCAAGCUGUUCUUUGUGCCACCUGGCUAGUAACCUCUCCACCAUUUCCCAACGUGGACUUCCACUCCUUGGUUGGAGAGGCCAUCUUGGAAUGUAACGAAGGCUCGGCUUUGAUGUUUUAUACAGUCCUCGCCUACCUCGGUUUCCUGGCCCUUGUCAGUUUCUCUGUGGCCUUUCUGGCUAGGAAAUUGCCUGACAGCUUUAACGAAGCCAAGUUCAUUACUUUCAGCAUGCUGGUCUUUUGCAGUGUUUGGAUCAGCUUCCUCCCCACCUACCUGAGCACCAAAGGGAAGUCCAUGGUGGCCGUGGAGAUCUUCUCCAUUUUGGUCUCUGGGGCUGGUCUCUUGGCUUGUAUUUUUUUCCCCAAAUGCUACAUUAUCCUACUGAGGCCCCAUCUUAAUUGUAGAGAAAAUAUAAUGAGACACAAGAAUCUCUGA